AUGAGUGAUUGUCCUUUAGCUGUGCAAUUCCCUAAAUAUGUUCAAGAACAAGCACAAGCUGCCCAGAAUUUCUCUAAACCAGAAUCUCCAUCUUCUUCUGCAUUUGGCAAGAAGGGUGCAAGAAUAGAAGAGAUGAUGAAAUUGUUCAAACAAGUCCAGAUCAACCUCCCCCUUCUAGAUGCCAUCAAGCAAGUUCUAGCUUAUGCUAAGUUCUUGAAGGACUUGUGCACUCAAAAGCGUAAGCUGAAGACCCACAUUCCUAAGACUAUCCAUCUUACUGAGCAGCCUACAGAGGUUAUUCUCCAACUUGCAGAUUGUUUCAUUAAAGUGCCUAGAGGUUUCAUUGAGGAUGUAUUGGUUAAAGUAGACGAGCUCUAUUUUCCUGUGGAUUUCCUAGUCCUUGACAUGGAAACACCAACUAAUGGGAAACCACAGUCGAUUAUCUUUGGACGUCCAUUCUUGGCUACUGCCAAUGAAGAGUGCUUCUCCGUUGAUGUUAUGGAUGAGGGAGUAGCAGAGUGCACACUGAUGAUGUUAGCAGAUGACCCAUUGAAGCAGUGUUUGACCUUUUCUGGAGGAGAUGGUUUUGAUAUUGAUGCGUAUACUGCUAAGGUCAAUGCGUUAUUAGAUGCCCCUACUCCUCAGGACUGUCCUUCGUGGACUAUCAAGUAUGAGUCACUUCUUCCUCUGGUUGAGAAGCCACCAUUGAGUUCUGUUGAGUCCCCACCGGUGUUGGAAUUGAAACCAUUGCCUGAUUCAUUAAAAUAUGUUUUCUUGGGAUCGAAUGAGAUGCUACCUGUCAUCAUUGCUUCCAAUUUGACAUCUGAUCAAGAAAGCCAACUGUUGAGUGUUCUCAAAGAACAUAAGGCUGCCAUCGAGUGGUCCGUGGCUGAUUAG